GAAGCACCUCCCUCUUGAGUUUCUCCACUGUCAACUACAUUUCCUCUGCAUCGGAAUGGCAAAAAGGAGAACGUGUUCCAACUAGUGCGAUUGUCAGUGUAGAAAGUUGAUCGUAUAUUUAAUGUCUGGUGUUAUUAUUCCACAGGGGGAAAAUGUACUAGUAUUUGCUUCCCUGGGCGAGUGGAUAAGUGGUGAGUAACCUACAAGGUCAGAUGGACAUUGGAGUAGGGAAAUCAAUGCUCCCGCUCUAAAAAAAAAAGUGAUACAUUAGAAGUAUGUCAUUAUCGCAACAUUUGAGAUUUGAUGUUUGAAGUUAACACGUUACAGUGUUUGCCCUGCGAAGUUAGCCGCCACUCGGUGUACAAUGUAGCGACAUUUGUGUGUUACUUGCAUGAAUGUAACAUGAUAUUUCGUUCGAUAUGACUAAUGUGACGCCGAGUAAAAGCGUGGAAUGGCUGCAGGUAGAGUUGGAAUCCGGGGGAAGUUCGCUGCUUCUGUUGGACUGCCGAUCGCACGAACUUUAUGAAUCAUCCCACAUAGAAACGGCCAUCAAUUUGGCCAUACCAGGGUUGAUGCUGCGAAGGUUCAAGAAAGGCAACAUACCCAUCCGAACUAUCAUCCCCAACCACGAAGACAAGGAGAAAUUCGUUAGACGUUGUAAUACGGAUACAGUGAUUCUGUACGAUGAGUGCACUGUGGACUGGCAGGAUGGGGCCACUGGUUCGGUUCUGGGACUACUUCUUCAGAAACUAUGGGACGACGGCUGCAAAGCAUAUUACCUGGAAGGGGGAUUUGUGAAGUUUCAGACCGAGUACUCAGAGCACUGUGAGACCCUUCUGGACAGCUGCUGUCCCAGCUCUUCUCCGCCGCUGUCCGUCCUAGGCUUUGGAAGUCUCCGGAUCAGUUCCGACCUCUCCGAUGGCGAGUCGGACCGCGAGCCGAGCAGUGCGACCGAGUCUGAGGAGAGCCCCCUUCCCAACAACCAACCUGCCUUCCCAGUCCAGAUCCUCCCCUACCUUUACCUGGGCUGUGCCAAAGACUCCACCAACCUGGAUGUGCUGGGCCAGUACAACAUCAAGUACAUCCUGAACGUCACGCCCAACCUCCCCAACAUGUUUGAACAUGACGGCCUCUUCAAGUACAAGCAGAUCCCCAUCUCCGACCACUGGAGUCAGAACCUGUCCCAGUUCUUUCCAGAGGCCAUAUCCUUCAUCGAUGAGGCUCGGUCCAAGCAGUGUGGCGUCCUGGUACACUGUCUGGCUGGCAUCAGCCGCUCCGUUACCGUGACCGUGGCCUACCUGAUGCAGAGGCUCAACCUGUCACUCAAUGACGCCUACGACUUUGUCAAGAGGAAGAAGUCCAACAUCUCCCCCAACUUCAACUUCAUGGGCCAGCUGCUGGACUUUGAGAGGACACUGGGGCUGCACAGCCCAUGUGACAACCGCUCCUCGUCCAAUGAGCAGCUCUACUUCACCACACCGACCAAUCACAAUGUGUUCCAGCUGGACACGCUGGAGUCAACGUGAGGAAACGGAGAAGACUGGUUUGGUGGCCAUGUUGUUUCAUCAGUGUUGCCGGGGUAUUUUGUAGCCUGUCAAUGGAAAAGAAAAUGCACCUGGCACUCCAGCUUGUGGAGACUGAGAAGACUCACCUGUCAAGCAAGUGAUUUCAGUAUGGAUUUUCAUAGAACAUGGUGCCCGCCAUUAUGCUUAAAACAGUACAUGCUCUGUCUGAUGCCUUAAGGGAUACUUCAGGAUUUUGGCAACAAGGCCCUUUAUCUACUUCCCCCAGAGUCAGAUGAACGUGUGGAUACCAUGUUUAUGUCUCUGUGUCAAGUAUGAGGGAAGUUAGAGGAAGUUUUGUGAACCAAUGCUAACCAUAGACUUUCAGUAAUUGCGCUAACGUUAGUUAGCAAUUGCGCUAACGCUAGUUAGCAACUUCCUUCAAACUGUACGCAGAGACGUACAAAUGGUAUGGACGAGUUCAUCUGACUCUGAGGAAGUCCCAAAAUUCAGAAGUAUCCCUUUUAAUGUUUUACUCAAGUAAUCCAACAGGCUUAGUGUGUAUAAUAGUGAAUGGUGGUUUGCAAUGGUUAUUGCAAGAAAUGUAAUUAUUAUGAGGUAACUCGAUUGGGGAGGGGGGGGCUGUUAUUUCAUAUUCACCCGCUGGAAAGUGGAUGUGUCAAGUUGUUUUCAGAACAACUGUGGCUAAUGCCUUGUUCUGAAGGGAGAGGUUGGCCAAGCAGAAUGUGAAUCAUUGUUUUCUGGGACCAAACGGAGAUAUUUUGAAUGGUACUCUUGAUGAGGGGCCUGGGCUACUUUAAGUUGGCCUUGAAUGACUUUGUAACAUUCCUAUUGAUGACUGUUCUAGAUGCCGUCAUUUGCAGUUAACAUCAGAAGGGAGUGAUCAUUGAAAGCACUUGUCCGCCAAUGUUAUGUUAUGUUCUCUACUUUGCUGUCCGCUUCAAAGUAAACAUUUGUUUUUUUCUAUUCCAUAAUGUAAGAACGCCGUACAUUAGUUAGUUUUUCCUUUGUUGAAUGGAGAGGGUCACCCUCUUGCAAAAUAUUAAAGAUGAAACACAUAAUUUUUUUUUUUUUUUGCAAAGCUCUUGUAAAUUGUGGUAAUUAUAAUAACAUUGCAUUGUUUGCAUGUAAUCAAGUUUAACUUCUGUAUACUGUACCUCUUAUGCCUGUUGUUCCUGUGGCCUUUCCGAUACCGUCUAAGUUAACACUUAACUCUCUUUAACCAAGGAACUGGGUAUGGUAUUGGAUGGUCAUUUGCCAUGCUUGACAUGAAUGACUUGUAUAUCGAAGUUCUGAUCCAUAAUGGACAUUUUUACCUUGUUUAUUAAGUCAUGUAACAGUCACGUAUAGACACAAUCUUCAGCCUGCAGCUACUCUUCCUGUGGCGGAACUAUGUAAAAGGAAACACGGUGUGUUUUGAUCUGUUCUGUAUUUGCCAGUAAUCGAAGUUGAAUGUUUCAGCGAAUGAGAGAGGGAAUGAAAGGAAACGCGUGAUAAUGAUGCCAAUUUUUUUUUUUCUUACCUCACGGAGAGACAUUUUCAGGGAUUUUUAUACAGCACAUCUGUAUCUUGUUACGGCAUCUGAAACGCAUCAGAGGGCUGUGUUUAUUUGGUAUGGGUUUGUAAAAGAUGUACAUAAGAUUCGCUUGGUAACGGGUGACCUUUUCUCUGAAUCAUGAAGGAUGUGAAAUUGACCGAUUACAGUAUGUACAGUGUAUGUAAAACUAAAUGUACAAGACAUUUAUGUACAAGUUUAUACAACAAAUAUAUUGUGUAUAUUUUUUACUUUCAAAUGUG